AUGAAGCGCAGCAUGAUGCGCGAGCGAGAAAGCUUUGCUAUUAAACCAUCAUAUGAGGAAUACGUUUCAUAUGGUGGCAGAGUAGGAGGUAGAGUAGGAGGUAGAGUAGGAGGAAAAGAUAGUGGCAGAAUUGGUGGCAUAGUUGAUGGAAGCGUAGGAGGAAGAGUAGGAUGUAGAGUAGGAGGAAGAGUUGAUGGCAGAGUUGGUGGAAGCGUAGGAGGAAGAGUUGGUGGCAGAGUAGGAGGUAGAGUUGGAGGAAGAGUUGGUGAUAGAGUAGGAGGAAGACUUGGUGGUACAGUUGGUGGCAGAGUUGGAGGAAGAGUUGGUGGCAGAGUAGGAGGUAGAGUAGGAGGAAGAGUUGGUUGCAGAGUUGGUUUAAGCGUAGGAGGAAAGGUUGGUGGUAGUGUAGGGGGAAGAGCUGGUGAUAGAGUUGGAGGAAGAGAUGGUGAUAGAGUAGGAGGAAGAGUUGGUGGCCAAGUAGGAGGUAGAGUUGGAGGAAGAGUUGGUGAUAGAGUAGGACGAAGAGCUGGUGGAAGAUUAGGAGUAGGAGGAAGAGUUGGUGGAAGCGUAGGAGGAAGAGUAGCAAGAAGAGUUGGCGGCAGAUUAGGAGGUAGAGUUGGAGGAAGAGUUGGUGAUAGAGUAGGAGACCGAGUUGGUGGAAGCGUAGGAGGAAGGGUUGAUGGUAGUGUAGGAGGAAGAGUUUGUGGUAGUUAG